CUGCUGUCUCCUGGCCGUGCAGGGCAGACAGGCCCAGUUCACAUGGAGCCGGCGCCUCUUGUGUCCUUUGUUGUCGCUCUGGGAGUCUCUCUCAUUGGAGCGUCGGUGGGUACAGUGUCGUGCUGUAAGCGGGCCCAGCGGCAGCCGCAGAAUACCACUCUCUCUCUCGCUCUCCCCUUUCUGUGUGUGACAAAUUUGCCGUCAUAUCUCUCUAUUCACAGCCCUCUGUGUCCGUCCUCUGCCUCCCUAAUCUCCUUUUCUUCCUGUGCUUUUCUCCUGAGCUACUAUUUAGCUCUGUCUCACUGGCCCCACCGUCCCUCUGUGUCUGUUUGCAUUCAUCAUCUAUCUGGAUGGAUCUGGUUAGUCCUCGUAAAUAGAGCUCUGCAAAGCUGUAUCGGUCGACAUCAUUGGGAACAAAGAAACAGCUUCAGUGAAGAGACUUUUUUUUUUUUUUAAAGCUUCAUGAGUCUUUUCAAGGAGACAAUCUGAGAUUGUUGCAGACUUUUAGAGGCUGGCUGCACAUUCACAUUCACAGAGUGCUGGAGAACGAGGCCGGUGUGUGACGUGUCGAUGGCGCACUAGCUUUUCCUCACUUAGUUGUUUUCUCCACUUCUGGUUGUCAUGAGCGUGGAGGGUAUGAAUUUGAUUCGUCAUUGGAAAAGCUUAGGAGCACACAUUCACAGAUUCAGCUUUUGCACAUCAGAAGAUGAGAAGACGUCUCAUCCUCCUCAUUCUCUGCCUCCUCCUCCUCCUCCUCCUGUGAACUCUCCACUACAACAAACUGCACCCAUUCCCCCUGAUCCCACCUGGCACUUUCCCCGCGGCUUCAGCUGCAGCUUUGACCUGGUUCCUAGCGGCCCGACCCGGCCCGGCGCUGGGAGCGCAGGAAUUAAUGUUCUGUGGCCUGCUUUCCCGUGCGUCCACUAAAUAAGCCCAGGUGAGUCACCAGAGUGAACCGGAACAUGAGGGACGAUGGAUUAUAUCAAAACACCAGCAGCGUGACAGCAGAUGCCCGGACGCCGUGCCAGAAUUCAUUUAUUUUCUCUUCCGCCGCUGCACCGGCAGAUUAGUACUUUGAACCACCUACACCAGGCUGUCCAAUCCCCUCUGGCAGGACUCUGGUAGCGAGGGGAAAGCUGAUUUAGACAUCGCGGCCCGUAUAUCCUGACAAUCAAAUCAAGACCGGGUGGCUCAGCUGGCAAAGUCACAUUCCCGAGGUCUCUGCUUUUGACGGACGCGCUGGUCAAUAAUCAGGUCCACGUGGCAAAGUGGGGAACGAAACCUGGUGUGCGGUUACGUUUUCAGUCUGUUUACUCGAACGGUGACCAGCUGCUGUGAUCGUACGUAGUGUGCAUUGACGAAGGGAAACGGGCUACACCUACAGAUAUGCAGGUGUUCAACUUUGACCCAGAGUACCGGACGAUCACAUGUCUAGUUCAGACCACAGUUGAUAACAGAUGAUAACCACUCUUAUCAUCACACCUGAUUAUAAGAGGCUGUGUUUGUCCAGCCUGUUUAGAUUUUACACUGAACCUCCCUGCUCAGUGGAGGAGCACCACUCUCACUACAUGUUCAUUUUCCUUUCCCCGUCCACCGGGCCUCGGGCUUGAAGGAGAGCGAGUGUGACUAGUAGCAGAAGGUCAGGCUGGAUGCUGCGUUGACAUGGUAACGUGAGAACGAUGAGGUGGGCCAGGGGCUAAAUUGGCUCUUUGUUGGCGUUGCAGCUGUCACCUAAAGGGAGGAUCCCCCGGUGGGGCCCAGCAGGACUCCCCUUAAUGAGGAGCGGAAUGAUGGAGACACAGAUGCCGCUGCUGUGAGGCUGAGCGAACGCGUCAUGCGCGCUUGUGAUAUUCAGCAUUCAGACCAACCAGAUUGUUAGGACGCGUCCCGCUCAUCACCGCUCGGCCGCCCGUGCACAUGCAUGACACUAUGGGCAGCUCCCCCGAGGUGCUCUCGUGGACUUCCUGCCCCAGUCUGCUGGUGGGCAAGCUGAAGGAGGAGCUCAAGCUCACCGUGGUCGGAGACGCCAUGAAGAAAUCCACCUCGCCGAACGCCCAGCCUCCUCCCCCUCCUCCUCCUCCGGCUAAUGUGCCUCCUCAGAUCAUCACGGACCUGGCGCUGCCGACGCACCUGCCGGUCCCCCUGCAGACGCUGCAGCUGCCCGGCCAGGACGAGGAGUCCGUGCUGGGCUGCGUGAGCUCCCCGAACGCGGCGCUGAGCGUGGACUCAACGCGGAGCGAGGGCGGGAACUUCGACAACAGCGUGCUCCAGCUGCAGGAGCAGGAGCACGAGGACGCCGGCGACCCGGCGUCCUGCGAGCAUGGCGGGUGCGGCAGCGGGGUGGAGGAACAGAUGGGAGAGGGGGACUGUCCCGCGGACCACGGUGGGGACGGGCCACACGGACACCCGCAUCACCCCGACGACAUCAAACUGCACUUCCAGAGAGCCGGGCCGGGCUCGGGGGGCUUCCUAGAGGGGCUGUUCGGCUGUCUCCGACCUGUCUGGAACAUUAUAGGGAAGACCUACUCUACAGAAUACAAGCUACAACAGCAAGACAUGUGGGAGGUUCCGUUCGAGGAGAUUUCCGAGCUGCAGUGGCUCGGCAGCGGCGCACAGGGGGCCGUGUUCUUGGGCAAGUUCCGCUCCGAGGAGGUGGCGAUCAAGAAGGUGCGCGAGCAGAAGGAGACGGACAUAAAGCACCUGAGGAAGCUCAAGCAUCCCAACAUCAUCAGCUUCAAGGGCGUGUGCACGCAGGCCCCAUGCUACUGCAUCAUCAUGGAGUACUGUGCUCAGGGCCAGCUGUACGAGGUGCUGCGGGCAGGGAGGAAGGUGACCCCCAGGCUGCUGGUGGACUGGGCCUCGGGCAUCGCCAGUGGCAUGAACUACCUGCACCUGCACAAAAUCAUCCACAGGGAUCUCAAGUCUCCUAAUGUUCUGGUCACCCAUAACGACACUGUGAAAAUCUCUGACUUUGGAACAUCCAAAGAGCUCAGCGACAAAAGUACCAAGAUGUCAUUUGCAGGUACGGUGGCCUGGAUGGCCCCGGAGGUGAUAAGAAACGAGCCUGUGUCUGAGAAGGUGGACAUCUGGUCAUUUGGAGUUGUCUUAUGGGAACUGCUGACAGGAGAGAUCCCCUACAAAGACGUGGACUCCUCAGCUAUUAUUUGGGGAGUGGGCAGCAACAGUCUCCACCUUCCUGUCCCCUCCACCUGCCCAGAUGGCUUUAAAAUCCUCAUGAAGCAGACUUGGCAGGGGAAGCCGAGGAAUCGGCCCUCGUUUCGUCAGAUCCUCCUGCACCUCGACAUCGCGUCGGCCGAUGUCCUAGGAACGCCUCAGGAGACCUACUUCAAGUCUCAGGGAGAGUGGAGGGAGGAGGUGAAGAAGCACUUUGAGAAGAUCAAGAGUGAGGGCACCUGCAUCCACAGGCUGGACGAGGAGCUCAUUCGACGCAGGCGGGAUGAACUCAGGCAUGCAUUAGACAUCCGGGAGCACUAUGAGAGGAAGCUGGAGCGAGCCAACAACCUCUACAUGGAGCUCAGUGCCAUCAUGCUGCAGUUAGAGGUCCGCGAGAAGGAGCUAAUGAAGAGAGAGCAGGCAGUGGAGAAGAAAUAUCCAGGAACCUACAAGCGGCAUCUGGUUCGACCCAUCGUCAGGGCGAACGCUGUGGAGAAGCUCAUCAAGAAGAAAGGCAGCAUUUCCCACAAAGCAGGGACGCCCCCGACCAAAAGGCCAGACCUGCUUCGGUCCGACGGCAUCCCCAGCGUGGACCCCCUCCCCUCCCCCUCCCCGCUGUCCGCCAGCCCCAAGGUGUCCACGCCUCCCGGCAAGGCGCGCUACCGCAGCAAGCCCCGGCACCGCCGCACCAACAGCAAAGGCAGCCACAGCGAGUUCCCAGGGGCGCUGAAGCCCCUCGCCGCGCCCCCAGACGACACGCGCGCUCUCCACUCGCCCCACCUCCACCUCCACCGCCACCACCAGCUGCCGACCGAGGGCCCCCUCCUCCCGCUGAAGGGCCGCGAGGAGGCUGUGGUGAACUGUGCCAACAACCUGCGCUACUUCGGGCCCGCGGCUGCUCUGCGGAGCCCUCAGACGGACCACCUGCAGCGCCGCGUCUCGGGCUCCAGCCCCGACCUCAUCUCCGCCGCCGUGGACGCAGACACGCGGCAGCGGGCCCCCGCCCCGGCAGCCGGCGCCGGCUCCCUGUGCCCCUGCUGUCAGGCCCACCCCUUCCCCGGGUGCCUGCAGUGCCAGGGGGCCCCGCCCGCCGCCGCCCACCUGGAGCUCCCCAAGUACCCGCUGCUCGGUUCCCAACACGGGAGCCCGGCGUCGGGACGGGCGCCCGGCAAAGACGCGGCCUCCGACGGAGAGAGCCCCAGGAAGGACGGGAAGCAGGACCAGGGGGCGUCCGAGCACCCCCCCGCCCUGCCCACAGCCCUGCCCCGUACCCUCAGGCCGCUCAGAAAGGGUGCCGAUGAGUCAUCUGAGGAGGAGGAGGGGGAGGUGGACAGUGAAGUGGAGUUUCCAAGGAGACAGAGGCCCCACCGCUGCAUGAGCAGCUUCCAGUCCUACUCCACCUUCAGCUCGGAGAACCUGUCCGCGUCGGACGGCGAGGAGGGGAACACCAGCGACCACUCGCACAGCGGCCCCCUGGAGAGGCUGAGCACCAGCCAGGAGGAGCACCUGGACGAGCUGCUGUCGCACACGCCGGACAUCCCCAUCGACAUCUCCACCCAGUCGGACGGCCUCUCCGACAAGGAGUGCGCCGUGCGCCGGGUCAAGACCCAGAUCUCUUUGGGAAAACUGUGCUCUGACGAACACAGCUAUGAGAAUCCGUUACAGUUUGGAGACUCUGACUGUGAUUCGUCGGAGGCGGAGUGCUCCGAUGCCACAAUUAGAAACAACAAAGUCGGAGCUCCUUCCUCAUGGUGAGCCCGGGGCUCGGUUCUGUUGUCGCCUGGAGGCCCUGCAGAAAAAUACAGCAAUAAGCGGACGACGUUGUGAACAAAGCUCCCUUAUAGCAAAGCCCCAUGCAAUUCCUCCCAGAACCUCCCAGCUGCACCUUCACUACACGACCUCCAUUGCCCCUCAUCUUGAGCACAGCAUCUGGGCAACCCAUGGCAGGGAUUCCCCUUUUGAAUGAUGUACAGUAGAUAGUGUAACAUUCAUAAUUUAUUUUUUGCUGACUUUUGAAGGAAAAUUCAGGACCUCUGUGCUUGCUGAUCUGAACAGAGGAGAAUAUUCAAAAAAAAACAAACUGUGAGUCAGACUGAGUUUGGAUGAAGAUGAUGGUGACGAGGAGCAUGUCGGAGGGGGUUGAGCGGCAGCUGUGGGAGGUCGCGCCACGUCAGUCUUUUGACCUGGCUUCGGCUGCUCCCAGCGUUGCGCUCUUGCAGAUCCUCGGCCCCGGCUUCUCUAUCAUGAGUUUACGGUGCGGAGCCCCAGCUCACGGAACCGGUGUGAGCACCAGCAUGAACCACGCCCUCGCCUGCACCGCCCCGCACCACCUGGCCGGGUUCCCCGGGCCCCUCGCUCCUGCGCCUCUGCCGCUCGGAACCGUCCACUCACGCCCGCGCAGCUCCCAGAAUGCAGAAGCUGCCGGGAGGCUGCAUGACCAGCGAGCGGAGAUGGAGACAGGAAAACACAAAAAAACGCAACCGCAGAGAAUCGUCCUCUCGUCAUCGUCAAUCAGAUAUCGUGUCCAGAAGCUGAGUGUGUGAGUGUGUGAGUGCGAAACCCCUUUCCAUUAGAUAAUACAGUUUCAGACUCAUCUCAGGAUCGUUUGAGGACUUUGAGAAACUGGACUGAACCAAUUCUAUAUAAUAUGUAGGAAUGUUCUUAGAGUGGCACAUAUUAUGGCCCAUGCAGGAUCAUUAAAUGUCUUACGCAUAGCCUUGAUGUUCAACCCUUUAUUGCUGUAGCGGACAAUAACGUGUCGAGCGUUUUUUCGUAGCAGGUGCAGUAUCCCGUUUCUUGACGUGAGCUCGUUCCCCCAUGAACCAUUUUCUAGCAGGGUCAUAAAAACCCCCAAAUGAAUCGCUCUCCGUGCUGUAGGGCAUCGCACAGCAAUAACGCAGCUUGGCCUGAAGCGGAGGUUGCUUCCUCAGGGUGCGGGGCGUCUAGCCGGCUAGACGCCACACAGGGACCGGUGGCAGCAGGAGAGCCGGUGUUGAACAGCUCAUCGUAGGUGCGAUAUUUUUGAACUGUCCCGUUUUCUGUGAACUCGCCUUUUUCGGGCUCGGUGCUCAGGUUUUACUUUUGCUGAUUCAGGAGCAGGAGCGAUAUGCACAGAUGGGGACAGUUACAGGGACUUUCCCCUCGUGCUGUGUGAAGGUCCUGGCUCUGACAUUCCUCAUUAUAUCGUCCAGAUCCCACAAUGCAGGAGGCAGGAAGCCGUUUUUUUUGGGGGGGGGGGGGGUCUGGUUGCUUUUGAAAAGGGAUACUGCAUCUGCAGGAGUUCUAGCGCUGUCUCCCGGUUGAGUGUUUGUCGUUCAACCUGUUGAUUUUACGGACAGCCGGGGUUGAAUUUAACGAUAAUGAUGUCAAGAUGUCAGACCGACUGUAUGAAGGUGGCUGUGAUUUAACGCGAGGAAUAUAAGCCAGAGUCGAGGCCACAGAGCACUGGAACAGCUCUCGCUUCAACAACCUCAUCUCAGUGUUAGUUUCUCUUGUGUAUAUGAACAUCUGUAAAUGUAACGUGGUUUAGUUUUUAUUUUUUUCCUCCCUCUGAACAGACGACCUGUUAUAGGAAUAGGAACAGGGAGCUCUUUAAUCCGUAUCACACCAGUAUUGAACCACUACAGGAAGGUGUGAGUCACACAAACUGCGUAGCACAGAGUGUUACACAAACUGUACUGAUGGAUAAGUGACUAUUUGCUUGAAAAGCUUUAGAGAGGCUCACGCCUGGUGCUGACGUCGGGUGCUGCCUCUCCUCGAGCGUCCUUCAACCUUCUUCACUAUGUUUACGUGUGUGCGACAUAACCUAGAGUAACCUAACGACUGGUACUCCCAUAAAGCUGUUGUUGUCUUUCUGGCAUAAAUCCUGUGAAGUGUGAUUCUUUUGAAGUUUUGAUUUAUUCUUGAUUCUUUUUUUUUUUUCUUUGUAGCUGGCCUACAUGAUUAUUGAGUUAAUUUAUUAUGAAUGACUGGAAAGGUUUCUUUUUAAUUUCAGGCAGCUUUAGAAAUGUCACCACCUACUAUAUGUUUUCCUGAGAAGUGUUAUUUAAAGGAAGCACAAUGAAUUGGUGCGUGAGGAGGGGACAGUAUUUGUAUGUGAGAACAAAGGCAUUGUCAUAUCAUUGACCGUGCUGAGGACCAUUUAUUAUCAUUGUGGAUGAAGUAUUUGUUUAGAAGAAUUUAUAUCAGUAAUUAGCAGCUUCACUCGUUCCUAAAUCCAUUUUUUUGUAUUUCAGCAUACAUUAGUUUAGGAGGAGUCACCUCUGUUGGAACCAAAAGUCUGUCACAGCAGGGUAAAUGUGUGAUGCCGAAUUCUUCUGCAGUGAUCUCUUCCCCUCGUUUUUUUUU